AUGAUUAACCGCAUUAGCACUAGCAACAGUCCUGUUGGGACGUCUUGUACGUUAAUCUGCCGCCACUUCGCGGCAUUCCGAAGGCGUAAGGUGAACGCGCUGCCUCUCUCCAGCCAGGCGGGAAAGCCGCAAGGCGACGACGCCUAUGACCCGCCCAUCCCACCGAGCUUCAUUCCGUGUGACGCCACAUCGUAUCAGCGCGGAUGGAAGCCAGUGCAGGGAGAUCCCGUCCCAGGUUACGAGGUGCCUACCCGUUUCCGCAUUGGCAUGAGGCAGCAUACAUCAGCGGACAAGAAAAAUGCGGUGACGUAUAGUCGCGACACAGAAUUCGGACAGACGUACACUGAUUUCUCGGGAUUGAGGUUUCCAACGCUGGACACUGCGGAGAACACGAACUACUGGAAGGACACCGGACUGAACCGCCUGCUGCCGCGCAUAUUCCCCAUCAAGCUACCGAUGAAGAGGAAGAUAGACCCUCUCAUGCGCGAGUAUAUGUUCUUUUUGCACAAUCUGGAUCCGGGGAGGUUCACAAUUCCGCGAAUCGCGGAGCGCUACGGGUUCAAAGAAAGCACGGUGCGAGAGGUGGUCAGAGAGUUCAGCCUGCUCAAUUUCAUUUUAUACAACAAGCUGUGCGAUCCGAGGGAUAAGCGGAUAACGUUGGAAGAGGCGAGGUUACAGCUGAAGGAGCAGGCCUAUCGGGACAAUAUUGGUAAGCUCUUAAGACAGAUACAUAACACACAACCAGGAUACGUCCACGUCUCUGACGAAGCUGAUGAAGAAGAGAACGAGUUCCAAGGUUUCGGGAGCACGGCGGAUUGGGUCUAUCGGCAGUCAGUGCAAGUUGAGGGGCUCUCAGCAUUCCCACUGCCAUCCACCAGGGACCCCAUGCCUAAGCGUGUCGACGUCGACUUAACAGUAAAGCACACCAAAAACGUCAAAGUGAUUAACUGGAUCGAUCCUAGCGAUAAGGUGGUAUUUUAA